AUGGCUCUCAUGACGAUGAUUGCCAGGUUUGUAGACGGUCUUCCUCUAGUGGGAACAAUGCAGGAAGAUGAACAGUCCGGUCGAAGCAUAUUAGAAUAUCAGAACCAGGCUAAAUUGUUGUUUCGGAAACUAGGGCCUAACUCUCCAACCCGUUGCAGCAUAGAAACCGGUCCUUAUUUAUUUCAUUAUUUGAUAGAGCACGAUGUCUGCUAUUUGGUAAUGUGUGACAAGAUGUUUUCAAAACGGAUUGCCUUCAACUAUCUGGAAGACAUUGCACAGGAAUUCCAUAAUAAUUACGGUCGACGAGUGAAUACAGUAACGCGGCCGUAUGCCUUUAUUGAAUUUGAUAUCUAUAUUCAGAAGGCACGAAAAACUUUAACCGAUCGUCGAAGAAACAUCAAUACAAUCAAUAAUCAAUUACAAGACGUGCAACGGAUCAUGGUUCAAAACAUUGAUGAUGUUUUGCAGCGCGGUACUGUUUUGUCUGAACUGGAUACCAAAACUCAAAACCUAUCGAUGCUUUCCCAAAAGUAUAAGAAGGAUGCUUCAUAUUUAAAUCGCAAAUCACUGUACGUCAAGGGAGCAGUUGCAGGCAUAGUUUUAAUUCUGUUCGUGUUAUAUUUUUGGGUUAUUUAA